AUGGAAGCCUCGAAAGAGACCCCAAUGGAUGAGAUUCAAUGGAGAUCUCCAGAGAUGGUCCAACAGAUGCCAGGUGGAAUUCAUACGAACACUGGCAAGUACUGCUUCCUACAUUAUUUCGCUGGAUCUCCCUUCUUCGACCAAACCUCCAAUAAUGCCGUUCUGACUACUCAGGCCAUGUCCAACCCGAGCUUGGGUCAUCUACUUUCUACCAGGGUUGCAUUCGAAGGAAGACUCCGAGCUAUGCAAGGUCUAGAGUUCAUGGUCACACAUGAUCCAUCCGAAGGGGACACGAAGCUUGUCCAUAGUGGCGUCUGGGUGAUACGAAAGCAGAUACGACGAAAAGGCGAGGUGACAGGGCUUUCUUCAUACUACGUGGUUGGAGAAAACGUUUACAUGGCUCCCACGCUUGCAAAUAUAAUAAGUAGCAGAAUCUUAUCCGCCGCCACGUCAAUCAAUCAGCUUGUAACAACAGCGACCAGCCUGCCCUCCUUCACCCCCUCCUCUGGGUAUUCGUAUAUACCCCCGAUCUCCAAACAACCAACCCUCCCCGCUAGCUUUCACAAUACUCAGACAAGCAAAGAAAGCACUCCUCUACCUGUUGACACACAGGAGGGCCAAAAGGCGAGAACUUCCACUGGACCAAAGCCACAGGAAAAUAGCAAUCAGCGCGAUGCGCGGAUGUUUGCCGAAGCUUGGGAUCUUGCUAUACGCUAUGGAAAUGAUUUCAUGGAUGAAACUCCUAUGACAGGCGAGCCGGGCGCAUUCAAGCUCGCCAAGGUGAAAGACCUUGCUCUCCCAUCAAUCACCAGCGCUACACCCGCUCCACAGCCAUUCAAACCCGCGCCUAAGAAAGCGCCGCCCAUCAAGACAGAUCUCCCACCGGAAAAGGAAAAGAAAAGCACGCCAGGCACUGCAAAAAGCCCAAUCACACCUGGGACUGCCAAAGAGAAGAAAGCGCGGAGAAAGAGCAAGGCGGCUGGCAUAGCAACACCAAAAGAGGCGGCGUCGAAGCCAAGUACACCAGCUGCAGGGUGA